GAAAAUUAGGCGCGGCUGGCUUGACUGCUACUUUUCGAGCGGAGGCUGGCUUGACCGCAGUGCUUAACGCGCUUGCCUAUCGAGCCGGCCGCCACUUCGGUCUGCUGACGGUCAGCGGAAAUAAUGAUGAAACGAAACUGAUGAUGAUGGGAUCCACAUAAGUGUUUCCCUUCAUGUCAAAUACUUUGAUCCACUUUAAUGCAUGUCGAUACACAUUUUUAGGAAGUGCGCUUUCAUCUCUCCUCGGGAAAUCCCGUGAAUUUGAACCGGCUCCCGUACAGAAAGUGUCGCAGCGCCGCCGCGGUCGUUGUGAGCAGUUUGUCGUCGUCUUUGCUCGGUUGGGUCUUUCAAAUGGCGGACUGCGAUGUAAAGAUGACAAUGGUGGAUGCGGACUCCGGGAAGAAUAGCGACGGCGUCAUCCAAAGCUAACGGACACCCAAAUAAAUGAAAACGAAAUCUCGCUGACAAAUAUUGAACACAAUAUUGUCAAAUGUCAGUAAAAGUCCCUGGGCGAGACACGUAAGCCACGUCGCCGACACAUGAACGCGGGGGGGGGUCAGGCCAAUGUAGCGCUUGCACCAUCAGCCACUCAAAUGCACUCGACCAUGUUCGAACAUGUCGUGAUCCGAUGUUCCUAAUGAAGUGACUGCUGAGUGUUUGAAAUGAAUAACUUUGACGUUCAUCUGGUAAAUAACAUGUACACGUCGUCGUAGGGAGAUGAAAAUCAAACACACACACUAACCCCAAAAGCUUUUUUCAGCACUUUCGUCACAAAGUGAAGCCGACGUCUAAAGAGUGACGUCACCGGCGAUGGCGCCCAAUGAGCGAGCAGCUCUUUCAUCCGGCGGACGUUGGCUUGCAGCCGUCGGACGUCGGACGUGAGUUGGCCGCUUGACGUGAUGAUGUGACAGCGGCCGUCCGGACGCCGACCACCCCGCCAUCCGCUAGCUUCGUGCUUUUUUGUUUUUUUGGAGCUCAUUUGAGCUACGUUUAGCUUAGCUUAGCUUAGCUUAGUUUAGUUUAGCUUAGCCGGACGACCUUUUGAACUUUCAGGCAAUUCGACGCGAUCGGGAGAAGAGCAAAGUCGUGCUUUGCCGCCAUCUUGUGUCCACGAAGCGAUUUGAAGUUGUUUCCUGAGCGAAAAGGGCCCAGAGACGCAAGUCACUUGCCGUCGAUGGCUUCCGAUUGCAGCGAUCGCUCGCUCGCUCGCUCGCUUGCUUGUUGUUGCCGCUGACGUUUGCGUUUGUGUGUUUCCACGACGCUCAGCAUCGGCGGCGGCCACACGAUGAGCGGCCGGAGCCACAGAUCGAGGUCAGACCACGCGCACGCGCGCACGCACACGCACACGCCGGUCUUUCCCAACCUCAAUUGCUGAACCGAGGCGACUUAGUUUCCAAUUGGGAUAUGUCACGCACGGCAUCCCACCAAAGAAAAUAUUCCAAAAAGAACUUUUGUUUUUAAUGGCAAGGAAAUAACAACAAUCUCGUCGUCGGCAUAGUUGAAGAAAGGUACAUCAUGUGGAGUAAAUCCAUCCAACAUUUUCCAGGCACGAUGCCAACACACCUGACGAGCUGUCACGGCCGCGGUUGGGCAUCACUGGGCUGUGCGCCUUUGCCAUAUUCUGCUUUCGUGCUCACUGAGCGUCACAAGCGUUGUGUUGUGUUGUGUCGUGUUGUGUUGUGUUGUGUCGUGUCGUGUCGUGUCAGCGCCAAGCGAUGUUGCUGCUGCUCGCCAUCCAAAGACGAGCGUGGACGAUUUUCCAGAGUGACUCGGGUCAAGUCGGAAUGGGUAAAAGAGGAGGACGAAGGCUCGGUGUCGGAGUGGGCGCAGGAGAAGUGCGUGGAGCUGGUGAAGGGCCCGUGGACCCUGGAGGAGGACGAGCGGGUGGUGGAGUUGGUGCGCAAGUUCGGCAAGAAGCACUGGUCGCUGAUCGCCAAGCACAUGCGCAGCCGCAACGGGAAGCAGUGCCGCGAGCGCUGGCUCAACCACCUCAACCCCAAAGUCGUCAAGAGCCGCUGGACCCCCGAGGAGGACCGCGUCAUCUGCCAGGCGCAAAGGGUGCUGGGGAACCGCUGGGCCAACAUUUCUAAGCUUCUGCCGGGCAGGCCCGACAACGCCAUCAAGAACCGCUGGAACUCCACCCUGAAGAGGAAGGUGCAGAAGGAGGGCACGCGCCCCAUCGUCCGGCGACACCCUGACUCGGGCGCGCGCCGCAACACCUCGUCCAGCUCCUCGUCGUCCAGCUCCUCCGGCUCGGCCUCCUCCUCCUCCUCCUCCUCCUCUUCCUCCUCCUCGUCUUCCGCCGCCGGCCAGGUGUCGUUCAAGGCCGAGGCGGCGGCCGAGGACCAUCUGAUGAGCGGCGAGAUCCUGGACAUGUUGACGGACUGGAGCCCCGCCCGCAGCGGCGAGCACAAGGACCGGGCCGCCGCCUCGUCUCGCUCGGAGGAUCAUCUGAUGAGCAGCGAGAUCCUGACCAUGCUGAGCGAGUGGAGCCCCGCCCACAGCGGCGAGCACAGGGACCGAGCCGCCGCGUCGUCUCGCUCGGAGCUGCUGGGUCUCGGCGGCGCGGAGGACGCGAGGCUCUCGUCGACCUCCGUGGAGGGCGAGGGGCUCGCGGGCGGCGCCCGGGGCGGCGGCGAGCUCUUCUGCUUCCCGCUGAUGGGACAGGAAGUGUGGUGGUGCCUGCAGCCCGCCGAGCCCGUGGACGUCCCCGAGUCGGCGAGAAUCAAAAGCGAGCCCGUUGAGAGAAAUGUGAUGGGCGGAGCCUGUGAAUCAUCAUGAAGCUGCGUGCCACACCCACUUAUUGGCAUCUUUUGUUCAUUUUAUAUCUAGAUGUAAGUAUUUAUGUGUAUGUACACAUGCUCUUGUAGUAUUUAUUUGCCUUUAUUUCCUGAAUUGUUGGUGAACGUCAGUUUUGUUUGGAAUGGGAGGACUCGUCGGAUGCUCAUUGCAGUUUUUCAUUGAUUGAUUUCUUGAGCAGGAACAUCUCGACUCGCGGCGUCGUCUUGAAUGUAUUUUAAUCUCCUUUGAAUGUGAAAAGGACAACGGACAUGAUUGAUUCGAUUUCAACGCUUUUAACUUUCAAAACUUUCCUUUCAAAUGAAGCUGCACAUCUUUUAACUUAUGCACAAAAAUAGGACUAUCCUUUACACACACACUCACACAAAUGAAAACAAUUGGAGAUAUUGAUAUAUUGAUUAUUGAACCUCAACCAGAACAAACUAUUGAUUGACAUAUUUCCGGGUUAUUCUGUUUGUGUUCUUUUAACGAACAUUUGAAUGAGCACACCAAAAUCACUUUUCAUCACUUACUGAUGGAAAUAUUUGGAACGAGAUAUUUAUGAAUUCAUCGACAUCAACUAGAACAAACGGACAUAUUAACGUUAGUGAUAGUUAUUCCCUCGUAUUUGUCAUUCCUCUUUUGUGACUCAUUUCACUUGAUGAAAAAGUAAAAACUUGUUUUGUACCAAAUGUUUCUUAGUAAAAGGCAAAAAUUCA